CGGCGCGCCAUGGAGCGUCCCGGGCGGCUAUGGGGGCGCGCAUUGGAGGCACACUGGCACACCUCUCUGCUGGGCAUGCGGCUGGCCGGCAUGCUGGGCUGCAGCGGCUGGCCACCGCGCGCCUCGCUUCCAUGGACGCGAUACGCACACGUCUUCACGGUCGUCAGCAGCAUCGCCAGGGCGUUCAUGGUGUACACGACGAUGGUCGGUUUCUGGAGGAAGCUCAGUACGAUCAGCCACUCCCCUGGAGCCUCGGCUGCGAUAAACGCGUUCGUUUACGCUCUCUACUUGCUUGACUAUUUCACGAGGAACGUCGGAUUGACGCUAACACAGAUGGUCAUGGUGCGCCACUCCCGCGACCUCUGCCUGCUGGUCAGGGCCAUGCUGCUGUACUUGAAGGCUUGUCCGAGCCAGAGGAGCCCGUACGCGACCCGGAACGCCAUCCUCUUCUGCUUCGGAGCGGCACCCUUCGCGUACAUCGUUGCAAUGGCCAUCAUGACCGCGAACUCCCCAAAGGUCACGUCACCGAUUCAAGUCGCAUACGCCAUCAACGACCUCGUACCGGUGGUGUUUGUCAGCGUCACCCAGGACUCGUACAACCACGUGGUGUCUGCGAGCACCGACCUCAUGGCGGGCAUAGCGGACGACGUCGAGGAGCUUAUCAGUACGCAGGCGCCCGUCGAGUCACCUGGAGCGAGGGUCAACUUGAACGCGCCCGCCUCCACGACGUCGCCGGGGUGUCCGGUGUGCCCGGUGCACCAUCCACCAUUGAGGACGUCCACGUCGACCCUGGCCUGGGGUGUGCGCGCGCUCAGGGUGCGGUACCAGUGCGUGCAGGACGGGGUCCUUGCAACCAACCGAAUAUACGCACUGUUCAACACGGUCUCGGUCACAACGGCGACAAUCCAGGUGGUGGUCUGUCUGUACGCCGGCAUGGUAGUGACAGGAAAGUAA